GUUUAUAGAGAGAGAGAGAGAAAGUGAUUGAAGAGAGAGAGAAAGAGAGACAUAUAGAUACAGAAAGCUUUAUACAGAGAGAGAAAAUGAUGGAAGAGAGAGAAAGAGGGAAGGGGAGUGGGGGCAAAGCUGCAGCGUUUGGUCUCUGCAAUACUCAGCAAACCCUCCUUUUUUAAAGUGUCUCCGGUCUUCCUCUUGUCCCCCUUCUCCCACCUUUUCCGGCUGUUUUAUUUUUAACAUUUUAUUUUUCUCUCUUAUCCCUUUUCCCUUUUCCGGCGUAUUUCGCCGGAAAACACCGCCCUCCGCCACAUUAUUUUCUUUUUCCCUUACUUUGUGUAAAAGCACCUUUGAUCCUAAACUUUCUUUUGAUCUACUUUUCAUAAACUCCGAUGAAUCCUUGGUGGUAGAAAUCACCGGUAACUUUUACAAAAUCUACGUUGGUCGGUGAUCCGAGUUUCAUCCAGCAAUGAAGACGCCGGCGAACGCUUCUGGAUCCACUUUAACGACGGAGAAUCCAGGAGAAGCUGGAGAGAAGAAGACCAUAAUCAAUCCGGAGCUAUGGCAAACAUGCGCCGGACCUCUGGUGAACUUACCGGCUGCCGGGACUCACGUCGUGUAUUUCCCUCAAGGCCACAGCGAGCAGGUUGCGGCAUCUAUGAAGAAGGACGUUGAUUCUCAAAUUCCAAAUUAUCCAAAUCUUCAGUCGAAGCUUCUAUGCGUUCUUCAUAGUGUCACAUUGCAUGCUGAUCCAGAGACAGACGAAGUAUAUGCUCAAAUGACACUCCAACCCGUGCCUUCUUUUGACAAGGAAGCAUUAUUGAGAUCGGAUUUGUCGACAAAAAUAAAUAAGCCACAAACACAGUUUUUUUGCAAAACUUUGACGGCAAGUGAUACGAGUACUCAUGGGGGAUUUUCUGUGCCACGUCGAGCAGCCGAGAAAAUCUUUCCUCCUCUUGAUUUUUCUAUGCAACCGCCUGCACAAGAACUUGUGGCCAGGGAUUUGCAUGAUACUUUAUGGACAUUUCGCCAUAUUUAUCGCGGGCAACCAAAACGUCAUUUGCUCACAACUGGUUGGAGCCUAUUUGUUAGCGGAAAAAGGCUUUUUGCAGGAGACUCAGUCUUGUUUAUUAGGGAUGAAAAGCAGCAACUGCUAUUGGGAAUUAGAAGAGCCAACAGACAGCCGACAAAUCUAUCAUCAUCUGUUUUGUCAAGUGACAGCAUGCAUAUUGGAAUCCUGGCGGCUGCUGCCCAUGCAGCCGCCAACAACAGCCCCUUCACCGUGUUUUAUAAUCCAAGGGCUAGCCCAUCUGAGUUUGUUAUUCCAUUGGCCAAGUACUACAAAGCCGUGUGUAGCAACCAAAUAUCACUUGGCAUGCGCUUCCGUAUGAUGUUUGAGACAGAAGAGUCGGGAACAAGAAGGUAUAUGGGUACAAUUACGGGUAUCAGUGAUCUUGAUCCCAUUAGAUGGAAGAAUUCACAAUGGCGCAACCUACAGGUUGGGUGGGAUGAGUCAACCGGUGGGGAAAGGCGAACGCGUGUUUCUGUUUGGGAAAUUGAACCUGUGACUGCGCCCUUUUUCAUCUGCCCGACACCUCCUUUCUAUAGACCAAAGAGACCUAGACAACCAGGAAUGCCAGACGAUGAGUCAGCUGACUUGGACAAUAUAUUCAAGAGAAGCAUGCCAUGGCUUGGUGAAGAUAUGUCCACUAAAGAUCCUGGACUAAGUUUAGUUCAGUGGAUGAACAUGCAGCAAAACUCUUCUCCCAAUUACCUAAACCCGUUAUCAGGAUCCAUACCCGGGUCCAUUUUCAGUGGGUCGGAUCUUUCACGACAGCUGGGUGCACCACCACCACCACCACCCCAAAUUCUUACCCACGGUGCCUCCAUGGUUCAGCCACCACAACAGUUGACUGAUCCAAAUCAAAGUCAACAAAUGUUUCGACAAAAUUUGAUCAAUCAAAAUCAAAAUCAAAAUCAAAACCAAAUUCAGAAUCAUCAUCUCUACAGAAACCUUCAAAGUCCACAGACACAAUUUCACGAUACUCAACAAUUACAAAUUCCGGAUAAUCAAAUCUCGAUUCAACUUCUACAAAAGCUUCAUCAACAGCAACAAUCACUUUUGGCUCAACAAUCUGUUUCACUACCACAACAGCAAGACGAACAGAAGCCAUUGAUAGAUGUUCAUGUUCCUGUUCCUCAAAGCUUUUCAAGGUCGAUGUCAACAAGUCAAACUAUGGACGCUCACACACCACCAUUGUCAAAAAACAAUAGUCAACCGAAUCUUAGAUUUUCCGGACACAAGUUUUCCGGACCCAAUCAGAUUUCGACAGGUGGCGGAGGUCAAUCCGGGAUCACAGAUGAUAUCCCAUCAUGUUCGACUUCACCUUCAACGAAUAAUUUCCAAACCAUGGUUACUGGUGUCGAAACUUUAUCGACAAAUGUUAAUUUUGGUAAAGUCUCACCUCCGGUCAACGCGGUCAACAUUCCAAAAGGUCAAAAUCCGUCCUUUUUGGCUCCGAUUACGUAUUUGAACAAUAUCGGUGGACCCCAGAUGGAUUUUCUGGAUAGUUCAUCAUCGGCGACUUCGAUUUGUGCUCCUCAAAGUGAUCUUCAUCCACAGCCACUUAGAACAACGAUUCAAGAUGAUUCGAGAGCGGAUAUUCCGUUUGGGGGGGGUAACAUGGUGGGGAUGCCAUCGAUGAUUGUUGACCCUUUGACCACGAAGGGAAUGGUGGGGUCCAGUAAGGAUUUUGAAAGCAAUGUUAGUCCAGGUGGCAUGAUUUUAUACGAGAACAACAACAACCCGAGUAAAGAUGCUCAACCCGAACUUUCUUCUUCCAUGGUUUCUCAGUCGUUUGGAGUUCCGGAUAUGGCGUUUAACCCGAUUGAUUCCACCUUGAAUGAUAGCGGCUUGUUGAAUACCGGUGUGUGGGCCCCACCUCCACAACCGUUUCAGCGAAUGCGGACUUAUACCAAGGUGUACAAGCGUGGAGCUGUAGGGAGAUCAAUCGAUAUAUCAGGUUAUUCAGGGUACGAUGAGCUGAAACAAGAUUUGGCUCGAAGAUUUGGAAUCGAAGGUCAAUUGGAGGAUCGACAAAGAGUUGGUUGGAAACUUGUGUAUGUGGAUCACGAAAGUGAUGUUCUUUUAGUUGGAGAUGACCCUUGGGAGGAGUUUGUGAGUUGCGUAAGGUGCAUCAAAAUCUUGUCACCUCAAGAAGUGCAACAAAUGAGUUUGGAUGGAGAUUUUGGUGGGAAUAAUAGUGUCCUUCCAAAUCAAGCUUGUAGCAGCUCAGAUGGUGGAAAUGUCUAAAACAUAAUCCUUUUCUUUUUUAUUAAGUUUUAGAUAGAAAGUAUGGAACUCAGAAGAGGCAUUAAAAGUGUCUGAGUUUGAGAAAAUGGAAGGGAAGAAUUUAGCGAGAAAAUGGUAGUUUUUUUUUUUUUCUUUUCAGAAGGUAAAUGUGGACAGGUUUUAAAUGUUGAUUUUGUGUCAAGAUGAUGAUGAUAGUGUUAUAAAAUAUGGUAGAGAGAAUUGAGAGUGUAUAUAGAUGUGUACACUUUGUGUUAAUCAGAAA